CCGAACGAAAUUGCUGAUGUCAUUACGAGACGAGGAAGAUAGCGUGCCCGUGUGUGUUUUUUUUACUGUUUACGCAUUUGUGAGAAGAAAAUUGCACAAAUUACGAGCUUUAAAGUAAUAAUCAAAAUAAAAACCUAAGUUUUCAAAAUGACACAAACAUCGCUGCCUAAUCCUAACACAUUGUUGCCUCUCGAAUUAGUAGACAAAUGUAUUGGUUCUCGUAUCCAUAUUAUCAUGAAAAACGAUAAAGAAAUGGUCGGCACAUUACAAGGAUUCGACGACUUCGUAAAUAUGUUACUGGACGACGUUACGGAAUACGAGUCAACACCAGAAGGAAGAAAAAUUACCAAAUUAGACCAAAUCUUAUUGAAUGGAAACAACAUAGCAAUGCUGGUGCCUGGUGGUGAAAUGCCGGGCGAUUCUUACGACGGAUAGUGAUUUUUGCAGUUUAGUUCUUAAUAAAGUAUUUAUAAGUGAA